UAUUUUCUCAACUUUCUGGACCGCAAUGCCCUCGUCAAUGGCAAGCUGAACAGUCUCACCGAAGACUUGAACCUGGUUGGAACGCAGUAUAAUACCUGCGUUAGCAUUUUGUUCGUUGGGUAUCUUGCUGGGCAAAUUCCCUCCAACAUGAUUCUCAACCGCAUCAAGCCGGCAUGGUACAUGGCGGGCUUCAUGAUGGCCUGGGCGAUUGUAUCCACACUUACAUGCCUGGUAAAGGACUACCACGGAAUGCUCGCCUGUAGACUUAUACUUGGUGUUGUGGAGGCGCCAUUCUAUCCCGGAGCCUUGUUCAUGAUAUCGCUUUUCUAUAAUCGCAAAGAGGCAACCACCCGCAUGGCAAUCCUUUAUACCGGGAACAUGCUGGCCAGUGCAUUCUCCGGUCUCAUCUCCGCUGCUGUGUUUGCGACUCUGGAUAACAAACACGGCCUUGCUGGCUGGCGGUGGUUGUUUCUGAUUCAGGGCGUCGUGACUGUGGCAGUAGCUAUCGCUGCGUUUUUUCUCCUUCCAAAUUCCCCAAAGGAGACCUUUUGGCUUACCCCAGAGGAACGACAGCUCGCACACGACCGCAUCGCGCGGGACACGACUCAGAAAGAAGAGGGAACAAGCGUUUGGACGGGGCUUCGAGACGCAUGCUCGGAUUAUCGCUGUUGGAUUUUCGCCCUGAUGUGCAAUUGUCAUCUCUCUGCCAACGGGUUUAAGAAUUUCAUGCCCACAGUCGUUGAAACACUCGGCUUCAACUCAACUAUAACCCUUGUUCUCACUUGCCCGCCGUAUCUUCUGGCCACUUUCACUUCAGUCGCCGUUUCAUGGUCCUCUGGCCACUUUAACGAAAGAACCUGGCACGUCACGAUCUCCAAGUUGCUUGCCAUCGUUGGAUUUGCAGUCGCGUGUGGGACAUUGAACAUCGGCGGGCGGUACUUUGCUAUGAUCCUGUUUGUCGGGGCCACAUACGGAGUUAAUAACAUCAAUAUUGCGUGGGUUGCGGCGACAUUGGGACAAACUGAUGAGAAAAAGGCCGUGUCGAUUGCAAUGGCAAAUACCCUGGGCAACCUUGCCAGUGUUUACACACCAUAUCUGUGGCCAGACAGCGACGCUCCGAGGUUUUCGACCGCCAUGUAUGCCAGUAUUGGGUUUUCGGCCGGGGUUAUUAUAUUGGCGUGGGUCAUGAGAUUUGACCUCGCGAGGCAAAAUAAGAAGCUGCGGGCAGCUGAUCCUGGGGUUGUCAAUCUCUAUGCCUACUGAGGCCUAGAGGUCCAUUUAGUGUGAUAUCAGAUAGGAUUCUUCUCGAGUAUUUUGCCGCAAUGAGACUUUGUCAGUUCA